AUGUUGAUGCGUUCAGUGCUCUUUUCCCUUGCGUGCGCAAACGCGGUGCUCGCCUCUGGAACUACAGUGUUAGAGGAAGACUUGGAGCAGAUGUGGGGCCAAGACUGGCCGUUCUCGGGUAUUCAGACCUUUGCACAUCUGCCACACGAAAAAUGCCUUAUGAACAGAAGUCUUGAUUUCGACAUUGGUGUAAUUGGAAUACCUUUCGAUACCGCGGUCACGUAUAGGCCGGGCGCAAGAUUUGGUCCACAGGCAAUUAGGAAAUCUUCACAAAGACAAACCUCUAUGAGGGGCUUCAACUUCAGGGCUGGUAUCAACCCUUACCAAGACUGGGCCAAGGUUUUGGAUUGUGGCGACGUUCCAGUAACCCCAAUGGACAACAACUUGGCCUUGCAGAUGAUGGGUGCUGCUUAUCACAAUCUCCUGAAUAGAAAUAGCACAUUGAAGCAAGCGGAACUUCCACCUAGGUUUGCAACGCUUGGUGGUGACCACAGUAUCAUCUUGCCUAUCUUGCGUCAGCUUCACAAAAUAUACGGUCCAAUCUCUGUUAUUCAUUUUGAUUCUCACCUGGAUACAUGGGCACCAUCUAAAUAUCCAUCUUACUGGCACAGUAACAACUCCGAUUUCACGCAUGGGUCUAUGUUGUGGAUAGCCAAGCAAGAAGGCCUUCUCUCUGAAAACUCGAACGUUCACGCUGGCCUCAGAACGCGUCUGAGCGGAGUGGGGUGGGACGAUUACGAAGAGGACAAGGAGACCGGCUUUCACCGGAUUGAAUGCGAUGAGAUUCUGGACAUUGGCGUGAGAGGAAUAGCCAGGAAAAUAUUAGAUAUUGUCCCCAAAGACAAACCAGUGUAUAUCAGUGUCGACAUUGAUGUUUUGGAUCCAAGUGCUGCUCCAGGUACCGGAACAGUGGAAGUUGGUGGCUUGCUCACUCGUGAACUUAUUAGCAUUAUCCGGCAACUUGAUGGCUUAUCUUUGAUUGGCGCGGACGUCGUAGAGGUUUCCCCUGCAUAUGACCAAAGCGACAUCACAUCUACGGCAGCAUCCCAAAUUGUUUACGAACUCAUUACAAACAUGGUCAAAAAAGGCCCUCUUGAUCCCGCAAUGAUACAGGCAAACAAAAACAGCGAGAUGGAUCAGGGCGACAAACCUCAAAAUUUGGCUGAAAACGAGUACCAAAGCCUUGGAGAAGGUGCUCGACAGAAUUUCAUGGAAUCCCUCCUUCAAGGGAGAGUCUAA